GGCGCUGGGAUGUGUCAUGCGACGUCCCGUGGUGGUGCGCCUGCACCCGCGGCGACCAGGCCUGUACCUGGGGUUGUGGGCGUUGCUGCAGUCCUGGGCGUGAUAAAUGCUUUGUGAGGUUGUUUUGCGUGGUCGGACAGGGUGGUAUGCGGACAGGCAAUAGGCUCUGUAGAUCACGUCUACGAGGUAGCGCGGGGUCGAUGUUUCCAUGGCGUUGUAGACUGCUUCAGGCUGCUUCGUUGUCUGCCUCUGCCCGAAUUACCUCCGUUCUCGAUUUCGCGAAUGGCCGCAUGUGUGUUGCACCGGUCGUCCACUUCGGUGAGAGACUGAACGAUAGAUCUGGAGAAGCGCAGCAUGGUAUGUCUCGCGAUCUCAAACAAUCAAUCUCAUACCCAACUUUUCCCCCACACAACGUAGCUUCUUGUCCGGUGAGAUCAACAAGAAAGGCUGCGAUAGAGGUAUAAGUCACUCAACCGUGAAAGGAAUCGAUAGUGGCCUCGUGUUCCCAUGGUAGUACCCAUGCCAAGUCCAGAAG